AUGCCCGACACGGACCCAGACGCCGCCAUCCCACUCCAGGAAUGGCUUCAGCUCCUCCAGACCCACGGUGUUCCCAUGCGCACGGCAAUGGCACUGGCAGCCAAGGCCUACAAAGAGCACAACUCGCGUGCGAAAUUGGCCAAGCUCCCCGUAACCCAGUUCGUGACCGACAAGGAAGGACGUAAGGCGGUAGCGGUAGCUCUACGUGCGCUGUCUAGUGGGCAGGCGACGAAGAAGAAGCGCACGCGAGACGACGACCUCCUCCUCCCCCUCGAGCCGGCCAUACGGGCGCUCCCGCAGAGUCUGGAAUUCCACGAGAUCCUAGACCCCGAGCAACUGAUCCCCGUGACGGUCACGGUCAACCGCGCGCCCGUCAAGACGGCGUGGGCGUACACCGUAGCCCGGCGGCUCGGUUUCGAUGCACAGGAAAGCCUGAGCCUCGCACACGUGUACGUGCAUAUUGGGAGUAUGAAGCAUGCUCUCAACCUCGGGAAUAUCUACGAUGCCGCGCAGACGCGGGACGCAGAAGACGAGAUUCGCGAGUUGCCCGGCGAGGCGGGGUAUCGGCGUCCCGGGGCUCCUGGGGUCUCUCCGCAGAAGAGGGGAUGGAGAGAGACGAUCGAGAAGCCCGUCGGAAGUAGCCAGCCGUGGGUCAUGUUGCUCGGGACAAACCCCGUCAUCGAGCGACCGAACGGCACUUGGCGCGCUAUCCAGAAGGGCGUGCCGGUCGAACCUAGCGUUGGAUAUCUCUACAUCACCCGGGCACUCAAGGACUGCGCGCCCCACGUGCUGGGCGCAAUGCAGCUUGUCGCCGACUCUUACGAACCCGAGGAACUCAACAUUGCUGGCACUGCGAUCUACAGCGCGUUUAAACCUGACGUCGUGGAGUGGGGACAGCGUGGAGGUGUUGCGGUCGCGGAUAUCUUGGACCAGAUCAAGACCAAGGCGGGGGAUGGAAAGGAGUCGGGCAAGGAGGCAGAGGAAGAGACAGAGGCGAAUGACGACGCCGAGGUCAAGCCGCCAGCGACGAAGACCCCGGCUUCUCCUGGCUCGUCCCUCUCCCCAGCACCUAGUGAGAAGGAGAUAGCACUCCACGCAGACGGACCACCCGGCAAGCGGCUGAAGGAGAUGACGCUCGAGGAGUACGAGGCCAUGCUCGACGAGGACUUCGACGCAGACCUGUACAAUAUCCCUUAG